AUGAUGCACAAGCAUUGCUUCGAAGCUGUCCAAACCUCAUUGCAGGAUAUAAUGGGAGCAAUUGAUCCUUCUAACAAGGACAAACCAUUUGGAGGCAAAUCAGUUGUGUUUGGUGGAGAUUUCCGACAAAUUCUUCCUGUUAUUCCGAAGGGUAGCCGUCAGGACAUAGUGAAUGCUGCGAUUAAUUCUUCGGAUAUCUGGAGGAGUUGUACUGUGCUCCGUCUUACGAAAAACAUGCGUCUUCAAACCCUCACGAAUUCAGAAGAAUGUGAAGAGGUUGCUCGGUUUGCAGAAUGGAUAGCGAGCAUUGGAGAUGGAAUCAUAGGAGGACCUAAUGAUGGUUGUGCAAUCAUAGACAUACCUGAGGAUAUAAUGCUUGUGCCCUCGGAUGAUCCGAUUGCCCAAAUUGUAGAGAGCACGUAUCCAAUGUUUAAGCAGGCAACUGAUGAUCCCAGUUAUUUAAAGGACAGGGCAAUAUUAGCUCCUACGCUAGAUGUUGUUGAGUCUAUCAAUGAGUACAUGACAUCGUUGAAUUUAUCUGACGGUCAGACGUACUUAAGUUCUGAUAGUACUUUUGCAUUUGAAGAUUGGAACUCCCGUCAUGUUGUUGCGUAA